AUGGAGUCCGCGAGGAGCGCUUUCCACGCUCAGCUGGCCGCCGUCAUGGACUCGCUGCUGGCGGCCGCCGUGUGCGAGAUCGCCAAGAUCUUCGAGAGCAGCCUGUGUGAACAGCAGGCGCAGCUGGCCCACAAAACGGACGAGAUCUGCGUCCUCCGGGGCAAGCUGGAGAAAGUGGACAGGAGGCACAAGGCAAAGGGCGGAGGAGAAGGGAGCGAGGAGGUGGAGGUGUCACCCGGAGACAGAGAGGGGGCUUUGAGGCAGCAGACCCUGGCGGGAUCAGAAAGGAUUCAUCUUCUUUCAAACCGAGUAGACGGACUCCGUCAGAGCCUCAGUGGGCUGAAAGAGGAGGUCACAGUCCAGAGCGAUGUGUCAAUAAAACACGAGCGUGCUGUAUCUCGACCUUCACCCGGGUUCAUCGCAGGCCAAGUCCCAGACGAAAGCCUCGCUGCUGGGGACCUGAGGCACAUCGAUACCCUUCCUGGCACACAAGCCAAGGCCAAAUUGUCUCAUUGGGAUCAGGACAGUGACGAACACAGAUCUCUCCAGGAUCAAGCCUCCAUCCCUUUUAUCUCAAUCUCCCAGAGUGGACGCUGCUCCCCGAGGCCUGACCCAAGCCUAACUCAACCAGCGGACUGGCUGCCGGGGUUAAACGCCACACGAGGUGGGCUGUCCGGCCUGGAGAACCUGCAGAUGGAUGGCACCGGCUGCUCCGGUCCAGCCAGCAGCAGCACCGGCACGGACGGGUCCUGCUUCCGACCGGGUUUUGUCUCUGACGAGACCAGCAACGAAGAAGAAGACGGCGGCGGCUCCUUCCCUUUCCUGGACCAGGAGCCUGAAAACCAGGACUCCAAUCAGAACGUGGCGCAGGGCCACAGCGGAGGUCUGAGGGGGACUCGGCAGGUUCAGCCUCAAGCCCCCUCCGCAGAACCCUCAUGGAGGCCCAGAGAUGACAGGGGCGAGAGAGGCUCCAUCAACCACACGCGGCGGCUCACUACUUUUGGCAGCAGAGACCCUCUCCGACCUCAGUCAAACGCACUGCGACACACGAACGCUCUGAGCCACCCCGCCGCUCCCAGCGGAGGGAGCGGGCGGCCGUACACCUGCCCGUACUGCACCAAGUGCUUCACCUACCCGUCCCACCAGCGCAGACACCUUCUGCGCCACACAGGAGUCAGGCUGCAUCCCUGUCAGUUUUGCGACAAGAGCUUCCUCACCCCCUCCGAGCUCACCGUGCACACCCGCACGCACACAGGGGAGCGGCCUUUUGGCUGCGCUCAGUGCGGUAAGCGCUUCGCCCGCAGCGGGAACUUGAGAGCCCACCAACGGGACGUUCACAUGGGGAAGAGGCCCUUUGCUUGCGGCGAGUGCGGCAAGAGAUUUGCACACAGGGGGAACCUGAGGGUGCACAAUCACAGAGUCCAUCAAGGAGAUCCGUACUACAUGGAGGAACAGCAGGAGCCCGAUAUAGGCCCUAAUCCCAUUUGAAAACGUAUUUAAAAAGAGAGAGCUUUGUAUUCACUGUAUUGUUAAUUACUGGACUCAUUCAUGAAUGAGUAAUAAUAUCUACUGUAUAUUAAAUACGUUUUCUCUAAGAUGACUUUAUUCUUCAAUCAUGUUCUUCCUUGUCACAGAAAAGUUACUGAAUAUAUCUGAGCACUGUUUCAUUGUUAAGGUUUUCCUCAAGCCAAUUAAGAGAGUCCAGUCAUGCUAAUGUUCUGCCCAUCUCCUGUAAAAAGGAAACAUGUUAUUGCAACGUGUUCAUAGGAACUGUGUUUAAUUUGACAUUCUGUUUUUGCAAGGUAAAAUUAAAUAUGUAGGACGAGA